AUGAAAUCUAAUAGAGCCAAAGCACAGACUUCGCUAUCAGCUGUCAUAUCUCCGAAAAAUCCCAAAAAAGCGGCUACUAGUAAAUCUCAUAAUCCGUCUCCACCAAAAAAACCGAUAAACAAAGAAGAAGAGUUUUGGCUUUGAAUGAGACCUGAAACUGCUGAUCUCGAAAACGAAAUUUCGUCAAAAAAACGAAUUUUGGAGCUUUUAGACCCAAGAAUCAAUGAUAUUGAUGCUGAACUCCGUGAUCAAAUUUUAGUAAGAGAUCGACAAAUCAAUGAAAUGAAUAAGACAAUUUUAGCCUUAAGAGCUUCAUUAAAGAUUAUUAAAGACAGCAAAAAAAAUGAGUUGGAAAUAACAGAACAGCACAAAAAACUGCAAAAAGAACUCUCAGAUUUGAAGCAAGUUCAAGUUGAUCAGGAAGAACAUUGCAAUCAGGAAAUGGCUGAACAUGAAAAAAAAGAAAAUGCAUGGAAAGAAGAAAAAGAAUAUUUAAUAUCAAAGCAAAAUGAAAUUUUAGAAGAAAAUGAAGGUUUGAAAACAAAGCUUAAUAUGAAAGAAAAAGAAUUAAAUGAGGUCAAAGACGAUAUAAAGCAAUUAUCAGUCGUUGUCAGACAGAUGAGCGAGCUAAAUCGUGAGCUCACAGGAAAAGUAGACAAGAUGAUCCCAGAUAUGGAAAAUUUGCAAAAAUUAUAUGCAGAAGCCAAAAUCAAGGCAGAUUCUGUAUCUGUUUUAGAAGAUGAGGUAAAGCAAUAUGAAGAAGAAGCAAGGAGAAAAAAAGAAGAAAACGAAAACAUUUUUAAUAAUAUUGAAGAUUAUAAGAAAAAAAUAAAGGAGAUUGAAGAAAACAUCAAGGAAAAAGCUCAAGAAAUAGGAGGAAAUUCGCCUGAAAUUGGAGGGUUUUUGCAGAGUCUAAGGGCUGGGGUAGCUGAAAUAAAGCAUGGACUGAAUAAAAUAAGAAAAAAUUUGAAAAAUGAUAUGAUCGAUGAACAUUCUGUAAAAAAUGUGAUGGCAACUUUAGAGCAGGAGCUUAAAGCUGCAAAAAUUCAAGUGAAAAAAGCUGAAGCACAAGAAAAUGCUUAUAGAACUCAAAUAGAAUCACUAAAAGACAUGAUGAAUAAGCAUCAAGAAAUGUAUGCAGAAAAUAUUAAAUUAUAUUCCGUGAAAUCUGAUUCAAUUAAAAAAUUAACAGAACAAAUUAAGGAUAAGAUGGAACACAUGAGAAAUGAAGCAAUGAAAAAAGAAGUUGAAUCUACAAAAGCUAUAGCAAAAGCAAAUACACUGACAGAAAGAAUUGAUGUUUUACAGAAAAGAUUGAAGGAUUCUUCUGCGAAAGAAGAAGAACUGAUUGAAAAAAUUGCUUCAUUGAAAUCAAAAUUGCAAUAUUUAUUGAAUGAUAGAAAAUCUAGCGAAGGGCAAUUAACUAUAAGAGAAAACCGUUUAAAAGAGGCGAUUGCUCAUUUAUCUACUCUUAGGGAAGAAUUAUUCAAAAGAGACACAGAAAUUGCAAAGAAAAACAAAGUAGUAUUGAAGCUCGAAAAAGAUAUAGAAAAUUUGAAGGCAGAAAUAGAAACAACGAAGGAUAAAAUGAAAAAUGUUGAAGCUGAUACCAAAAAAUAUUCAACAAAAAUAAUUCAAGAUAAAGAUAAAGCUAUUGAGAUGCUUAAAACAAUGAUAAGAGCAAAAUCAGAGCGAUUUAUGGAGAAAAUAUCAUAA